AUGCAAGUGAGAGUCCUGUCCUUGGCUCAAAGAGAGAAGGCAAAGAAUGUGGUUCUAGCUCCUAUUGAGAAUUGGGCAUUGGGGGUCUACUCACUCGCUUUCAGGAAUAGCACUUCUUCGCCCAAUACUACUUCUGAGAACCAUUCUUCAACUAGCUCUGGCAAUGAUAGCUCUAACCAUUCUUCAACUAGCUCUGGUGACAAUGAUAGCUGCUCUAGCAACAACUAUGAUACAGCAGAUACAACUUCUACCUCUGCGCGGGACUACUAUGAUACAGAACGUGUGCAAAGAGAACGGGAUACAACUUCUACUAAUGCACCUUAUAGCACUUCUUCUGAUAGCUAUGAUGGCAACAACUAUGAUACAAAGACUUCUUAUGAUGCACCUUAUAGCACUUCUUCGCCUACCUCUAGCUCUGGCACCAAGACUACUUCUGAUAACGAUAGCUGCUCUAGCUCUGGCAAUGAGAGCUCUGGUGGCAACAACACUUCUUCUACUACUUCUGAUGCCCGGGAGCGGGUGCAAGAACGAAUCAAAGACCUAGAUGAUCCAUAG